AGUCACCCACGAGUCCCACCCCUUGAUUUUUUCACUUUCCUCUUUAGUCUCAAAAAGCAUUAAACUUUUUGGGAAACAAGAACAUGAAACUCGGCAAAAAUUGAUUUUUUAUUUUUAUUAUUUUUUUAUUUAUUUAUUUAGAGUAACUCACUCAUUCAUUCACUCCCUCACUCACUCCACUUUUUAUUCUUUUCAUUACCUUUGCUUCUCAACUUUCCUUCGUUUUCUUCAAUUCCCAUUCCUCAAUAACAACAAACAAAAACAAAAACAUCAUCAUACAUAAUAUACUAUUUUAAUAUUAAUUAAUAUUAAUACUAUUGUUCUUGUUAUUUCUUUUGUUUUGUUUUGUCCUUUCCUUAUUCGUUUCGAUCGGAUCUGAACCCUCUUCACAAAUUUUUUCAGAAACUCAAAUCAAAGUAUCAUAACUUUCUGGGUUUUUUUCUAUGAUCAUGGAACAGCUUUUUUCUCUCUUCAAUUUCAUUGCAAAGUUACUCCUUUAAUCAGCUUAUUAAGAAUUUCUUGAUGGACUCACCUGUUGAUGGAGUUGAGUGUUCACCAGAAGUUUAUAAUAAUUCUGUUUCUGGCGUAAUGGAUCACAAUCCUCCUUCGACAUCUGGUGUUCCGGGCUCUUCCCGACCGCCUUUAAUGGCAUCAUCUAGAAGAACUCAAGGAAGGAUGAAAGACUCUUAUCAGGAACCUAAUGAUGUGAGCCGUGCCGAUACUUUUGAAAGUUGUUUGGCAAAGAAUAUUUCCAAUAUCGAAACAAAAUUGUGUAUUAGUGAUGAUUCCACUAAUCACAACUCCGACGAGAUAUUAGAAUCUGACAUAUUAGGUUCGUCAAAAGGAUUUGCGGAUCAGACAAACUCGGAGAUUAUGUUUUGCUCAAGUCCUCAGAGUAGUUUUUAUUCUGCCGCUGCUUAUUCAGAAGCCAAAGAAAGUUUCACUAAUACCGGAAUCAAGGAAUCUGUUAGUGUUGAUAAGUCGGUUGAAAGCGGGGAGGUUACUAAUUCGGGGGAGAGCAGGAAGACGAGUAUCUGUAGAGGGAGUACUGGAAGUGACGUUAGCGAUGAAAGCAGCAUCAGUAGUUUGAGCAGUUCUUUGUAUAAACCACAUAAAGCGAAUGAUGUAAGAUGGGAAGCAAUUCAAGCUAUUCGAGUUCGAGAUGGUGGAUUGGAAAUGAGACAUUUCAGGUUGUUGAAGAAAUUGGGAUGUGGAGACAUAGGAAGUGUAUAUCUAGCAGAAUUAAGUAGCACAAAGACUUGUUUUGCUAUGAAAGUGAUGAACAAGACUGAAUUGUCGAGUCGUAAGAAGCUUCCGAGGGCUCAGACAGAAAGAGAGAUAUUGCAGUCUCUAGAUCAUCCAUUUUUACCUUCAUUGUACACACACUUUGAGACGGAGUCAUUCUCUUGCUUGGUUAUGGAGUUUUGUCCUGGUGGGGAUCUCCAUGCUCUCCGGCAACGACAACCUGGGAAGUAUUUUUCAGAACAUGCUGCAAGGUUUUAUGUGGCAGAAGUUCUCCUUGCUUUGGAGUAUUUGCACAUGCUCGGAAUCAUCUACAGAGACCUCAAACCCGAGAACGUGUUGGUGAGAGAAGAUGGUCACAUAAUGCUAUCAGAUUUCGACCUCUCUCUAAGGUGCGCCGUCAGUCCAACUCUAGUAAAAUCAGCAAAUUCUAACUUAGAGACAAAAAGCUCAGGAUACUGCGUUCAACCCGCUUGCAUCGAACCAACUUGUGUUAUUCAGCCAGACUGCAUCAAACCUUCUUGUUUCACGCCACGUUUUCUACAAAGCAAGUCCAAGAAGAAAGAAAAGAAGUUGAAACCUAAGAAUGAUGUGCACAAUCAGGUGACACCUCUGCCCGAGCUUAUGGCCGAGCCCACAAAUGCCCGAUCAAUGUCCUUCGUAGGCACGCACGAGUACCUUGCGCCUGAAAUCAUCAAAGGUGAAGGUCAUGGAAGUGCUGUAGACUGGUGGACAUUUGGGAUAUUCUUAUACGAGCUUUUGUUCGGUAGAACGCCAUUCAAAGGUUCAGCAAAUCGGGCAACUUUAUUUAAUGUAGUUGGGCAGCCCUUAAGAUUUCCGGAAUCUCCAAGUGUUAGCUUUGCUGCCAGGGAUUUGAUUAGGGGUUUACUUGUGAAAGAGCCUCAGCAUCGUCUUGCCUAUAGACGCGGAGCUACAGAGAUUAAACAACAUCCAUUCUUUCAAAAUAUUAACUGGGCGCUGAUCCGUUGCGCCACUCCUCCGGAAGUGCCAAGACAGGCCAUGAAAGCAGCCCUCACACCUGAGAAGAAACCGCCUGGAGUGAAGCCUGCUGGUAACUAUUUAGAUAUUGAUUUCUUUUGAUCCCUAUCGCUGUUUUCUACUUUGAACUAAUUAUUUUGCAUCUUUUAUUUUUCGUUGUUGUUCGUCUACGGUUCUUUCCAUUGUAUAAAAGAAUGCAACUCUUGUUUACGCGCUUGUAAGAAACUCCAAAUUGUUUUAAAUUGAUGAACAAAGUCUCUCUGGUCUAUUAA